AUGCGCACUUGUCCAAAUAUAAUAAUAACAGGCACCCCUGGCGUUGGGAAAACAGUGCACUGUGAGCAACUAGCACAGGACACAGGUUUACGGCAUCUCUCCAUAAACCAAAUCGCGAAAGACCGAGGUUGUUAUGACACCUACGACGAGGAAUUGAAGACCUGGGUGGUGGAUGAAGACAAACUUUUAGAUGCUAUUGAAGAUGAAGUCCUUCAAGGAGGGUUCCUAAUAGACUGGCACGCCUGUGAUUUGUUUCCCAAGUCAUGGAUUGACCUUGUCGUUGUUUUGCGCUGUCCAUCUACAUCCAUUCAUUAUGACCGCCUUAGCUCCAGGGGUUAUCAUGAGACAAAACUUCAAGAGAACCUUGAUGCCGAAAUCUUUGCCGUUCUCCUCGAAGAAGCCCGGGAGGCAUUUGAUGAAGAGAUCGUGGUUGAGUUGAACAGCGAGGAGGAUGGCGAUGUAGACGCCAACUGCUCAAGAAUUGCAUCCUGGGUAGAAAACUGGAAGAGCGAUCAAGCCAAAAAUUCGGAUUAA